AUGAUAUCUAUCAAAUCAAGCAAGACAUUGCCAGCUACUGCAGGUGAUUCAGGUAAUCCCAGGAUUAAAUUUUUGACUUUUAAUACUUGGGGUUUGAAAUGGGUAUCUAAACAUAGGAAAAAAAGAUUAGAGGCAAUUGCAAAAACUCUAGCUGGUGAAAAUGUUGCAGUUCCAUUGGAAGGUAGUGAGAUUUUAUUGCCAGAAGAUCAAGCAGCUGGUGGUCCUCAGACUAUGAUUGAUAACUAUGACGUUGUGGCUUUGCAAGAAGUUUGGUGUAAAGAAGAUUGGGAAUAUAUACUUUCAAAAUGUUCUCAUAUUUUUCCAUAUACAAGAAUUUUCUAUUCUGGUAUAUUAACAGGUCCUGGUUUGGCAAUUCUUUCGAAGAUACCUAUUGAGUCUACAUUUUUGUAUAGAUUUCCCAUAAAUGGUAGACCUAGUGCAUUCUUUAGAGGUGAUUGGUAUGUGGGGAAAUCGAUCUCUGUUACUCUGUUGAAACCUUUAACGCCAGACACUUCACCUUUGGCCAUCUUAAACAGUCAUAUGCACGCUCCCUAUGCCCCAUCCGGUGAUGCUAAUUAUCAUUGUUACAGAGCAUGCCAAGCUUGGGAUUUUAGUAAAAUGGCAAAUUUAUAUAAAAAAGCUGGUUACGCAGUAGUUGUUGUUGGUGAUUUAAAUUCAAAGCCAGGUUCUCUUCAACACAAGCUAUUGACUGUAGAAACUGGUUUGACCGAUUCUUGGGAACAGUUAAAGGGCAAACAGGACUUGUCUAUCUUAACUCGAGUUUCCCCAAUUGAACAAUUAAAAAUCGGUUGUACCACUUGUGAUUCUACUCUAAAUACAUGGAGACAAAAGUGCCAGCCUACAGAUGCUAAAAGAUUGGAUUAUGCUCUUAUUGAUGCUACCAGACUAAAGACAGUAAACGCUGGAGUUCGGUUCACCGAAAAUAUCCCAGAUAUUGGAAGCUUCUCAGAUCAUUUUGCAUACACAUGUACUCUUGAAUUAUUACCAGUUGAUGAUUGUCAAUCUAUGCAAACUGUAACUGAGUCUUUAAAAGAAAAAUUCGAAAUAUAUAUGGAAGCCAUUGAAUCUAUUGAUAUAUAUAUGAAGACAGCAAAAAGGCAAAAACUAUUUAGAGGGUUGCAUGCAAUAGUUUCAAUAGCUUUAUUAAUUGGCGCAACUGUAUCUACAACUUUUACUGCCAAUAAAGCAGGCUGGUCCUCCAUCUUUUGGGUCUUAUUUGCCAUCGUUAUUUCGAUCACUGGUACGAUUGAUGGUUUGAUCUCAUUUUUGUUUGGUAGAAAAGAAAUUAGAGCAUUAACUGAAGUUAAAGCUGAAUUAACUGACGCUAGAAGAGCUGCAGAAUCGAUUAUCAAAAAAAAAAAAAAUAUACCAUAA